AUGGGGCUCACGUUCACCAAGCUGUUCAGCCGCCUGUUCGCGAAGAAGGAGAUGCGGAUCCUGAUGGUGGGUCUCGACGCCGCGGGAAAGACCACCAUCCUCUACAAGCUCAAGCUCGGCGAGAUCGUCACCACCAUCCCCACCAUCGAUUGGGAAUCUGUAGCGGAACAUGCAAAUGCUUGGCAAUGUGAUCCCAGGUUCAAUGUUGAAACUGUGGAGUACAAGAACAUCAGCUUCACUGUCUGGGAUGUCGGGGGUCAGGACAAGAUCAGGCCACUGUGGAGGCAUUACUUCCAGAACACACAGGGUCUCAUCUUUGUUGUGGACAGCAACGAUAGGGACCGUGUUGUUGAAGCAAGGGAUGAGCUCCACAGGAUGCUGAAUGAGGAUGAGUUACGUGAUGCUGUGCUGCUUGUGUUUGCUAACAAGCAAGAUCUUCCAAAUGCCAUGAAUGCUGCUGAGAUCACUGAUAAGCUUGGCCUGCACUCCCUUCGCCAGCGACACUGGUACAUCCAGAGCACUUGUGCUACAACAGGGGAGGGACUGUAUGAAGGCCUGGACUGGCUGUCCAGCAACAUUGCCAACAAGUCCUAA